AUAUUACAUAUUUUUAGCUAAGUUUGCAAAUUUCUCAUAUAUAUUUAACUCAAGUAAAAUUACAAUUGCCCCCUAGCAAGAUGGAUGCGAAGGAGAACGAGGUAAAACUCUCCGCGGAUGAGCGUCAGUUCUUUGUUGCAACUCGCAUGAGUUUGCCGCUGUUUAUGCUCUCGCGUAAUCGUCUGCGUGAGGACCAUUUGGAGAGUGUACAAAAACAGUUUAAGCUAGCAGGUGGACAUUACAAUGCGUAUUGCCAGCAAGAAAAUCGUAGAGAGGAAUUUAGUGCCGCCACCUACAAUCAUUAUAGACAUGUGACGGGCUUUGAGAAGACGCCGGCCACUCCAUAUCCUCCCAAGCGUCCGCUGCGCUCCAAUCGGGAGAUGACCACAUGGCGUGACUAUCAGCAUGCGCCGAAUCGAUAUGGCGUGCUGCCCGAGCCAUAUAAGAGCAGGAUGGGCUCCAAGGGCUCCGUCUUUGCUAAAAUGCACGUGAACAAAAGCCGACUGAGCAUCAAGCCGCCGCCGCCGAAGUUCUACGAGGUGCCAUCGGAAAUCGAGCGCUUCUUCAGGCCGGAGAACAAGCAAAAGGGCAUAUUCUUAACAAAUGCACGUGAGCGUCGUCCCUCGUCACGUCUCAUGGUAUCCGAUGCGACCAUGUGCUGGCGCAAUCCGAGCGAUCCGGGUCCCUGUGAAACCUACUACAAUCGCUUUGAGAUUCAGUCGAUCGUGUCGCCCAAGAUCAAGGAAAAGCCCGACAAUCCCCACUUGUUUCUGCGCCACUCCUGUGUGCCAACGAAGCGCAGCCGAAUCCUGCGGCCCCACAUCAGCUUCGAGCCGUGCCCGGGACGCUAUGACAUACGCUAUCCGAACGUGUGCGCCUGUGAGCGGGGCAAGAAGACGGUGCCCCGCCUGACCCUUCACAUUGAGACACAGAAGCGGUACAAGUUCCGACGCUUGCCCUACGUCAAGAUCAAAAAGCGCAAUUAUUGUGAGCCCGACUGGCGUCACGUUAUCGGCAACGGGCACAGGCGCCUCUUCAAGAUGGGCAAACACGACUUGCCCAAGCCGCAGAUGAAGAAGGUGGAGAAGAAGGGCGGCAAGAAGGCCGAGAAGCAGCUGAAGAUGUUCGCUGAUGCCAAGUACUUGAAUAUGCUGGUCAAUCCAAGGCACUUGUCGAUAUCAGUGCGCGACUUCCCGGCCCCGCCCUAUGUGCCCCGCAUCGUCUACAAUUGCAUUGCCAAGCGGGUGAUACGCAAGCAGUUGCGCAAUAAUAAGAAAAUCGCCUUUAUGAGCGGCCAGGAGCGCUGGAAGGAUGGCGUGCGUGUGCUACAGAUGACCCAGCGCCAGCUGGAGGAGCUUAAGGCGCGCCUGCCCGAGGAUCGUCGCCUCGAGGAUCAUCCGAUCAAUCUGCGCGCCUCGAAGAUGCUCAGCCGCCUGUUCAUCGUGCCCGACCGCAUGCGCACAACCUAUGUACCCAUGCUGCGGAAGCGACUCUUCAAGUUCCUGCCCAUACCGGGUGCUCGGGUGCUGGUCACCGAUAGCGAUAUACGCCCGGACUUGCCAUUCGAUCGCGACAAUCCGACGGGCAUGUACAAUGUGAAAAUAGACGAGACGAAAUUCUUUCGGGAUUCGGUGCUGCUGGAGAUGGAGCAGCAACGUCUGGGCAUCAAGGUACAGGUCGAGGAGAAGUCCUUGGAGCAGUCCAUGAGCGGCAUCAGCAUGACGGCUUCAAUGGCCUCGGGCUCGCCCAAGCCGUCGGAACAAAACGUCGCUAGAUUAAGCAAUAAUAUGGAAGCCAAUAGAUUAAGCAAUAAUAUGGAAGCCAAGCCGGCAGAGUAA